GGCCCUGCCUGACGUGAUUCAGUUUACAGGGGCCAACGACUACGCACAUAGAGGCAUCUUCUCUCUCACCCCCAGGUGAAGGAGGCACGUGAGACUCAGUCCAGGUGGGAGGCUGGAGUCAAAUACUAAAGGAGGGAGACAAUGCAUGUGCCCCGUGUGGUUGUGCGGUCUGUCACUGCACAAGGGCACUUGGGGAAGGCAGUGUUGGGCUAACAACCUCACACAAAGCAAUGUCAAAGUUGGUCCUUAGCCACAGGGGCACCUUCAGGUAGACACGGAGAGCUCCCAGAAGCCCAGAUCUCGGGUCUGAGGUACUUUUGCUUUGUGCCAACUGCAGAGGAAGGCUACAGUCUGUCCCAGGCACACCAGAGACGCACACCGGGUGAGGUGGGGAAUGGUACCAGUCUCUGAUUGUCUCGUGCGUGUGUUUUCCUACAGGGGCUUUUUCGAUCGUUCGUCUAGGAAGCGCAUGGACAGCGAGACCCAGGAGGGCUUUUUCUGGCUGAGGUGGCCGCUCUGGCUAAGGGAUAUGUACAAACCUCUUAAUGAUGCACGCCAGAAAGAGAUGGCUCGGAAGCUCCAUGACAAGGAGUCCUCUGAGGAAGAUGAGAUGUUUCAAAAGGAUGCAGGCAUGGUGAGUGAAGGCCCAGGUGAGAUGGCGCACACUGAGUCGGCUGCCAAAGGAGAAAGUGAAGCCCCCGAGGAGGAGCACACCGAGUGACCCCUUCCGUUGUGGCUGCCCGUGGGUUAUAUCCUAAUCUGCUUCUGGCUUGCUUAUGAAAAUAUAUUGUCUUGUAUUCAA